AUGGCGACCGUUGGCAUCGGUAGACAGCCGAAUACCGAAUUGGGCGCGGGCGCCGUGAACAGAGAACAGAUCACCGAGAAUUUCGGCGAUUUCGGCGACGACUUGAGACUUUCGGCCACUCGCCGAAAUGCAUACUGUGAGGAAAGGCCAAGCAAUAGAUACACUUCAUGGAACAAUGAUGAUAAUUAUUAUCAUUAUUCCAUGAAAAUGAGUGAAUAA